AUGCUCCGGAUGCUUCUCCUCCUCCUCCUCGUCUUCAGCGUCUCAGCAGGCGGCACGGCAACGGAACAUGCUGGAACAUACUGUACGGCGGUAUAUGGCUCCACCGUGUCCAUUUUCGGAACGGUAGUCGCUGCGGUGCCCAUUGCCAUGCUCGACGCUCGUAUUGUCUGGUUGACCCAGAAGGUGCCGAGUAUAACGAGAGAUGGUAUUGUGUUCACGAUACUUGGCCGGAAGGAGGCCGGCUCAACAGACUUUGGGACUAGGAGGGACAUCGUAGGGGGGUGUGUACGAUGCCGGCGUGGGAUGCUGGAGGUGACAGCCGAUCUACUGCAGGAACCAAACCUGGGUAGCGGUGCUAACGAGGCUAACGAGGCCAGCGAGGCUAACGUGGCUAGCGAGGCUAGCGAGCAGGAAAAAGCUAUUUCGAGGGGGUGCGAUGUAUUUUCUCUGCACCCUUGGCAUUCAGCGUGCACUUGUGUUGCUAUGAUUGGUAGCACACCAAAGUGGCGACCUCGUGUUCGGCCGGGGGGCGUGGUAUUUUUGCUAGUAGGGCAUGUAUAUCCGUUUGAAAAUAGAGCGUACCGUGGUAGAGCCCCGGCAUUCACGACCGACACGAGUGACGAGUUUGGUAUUGUAAAUGAAGGUGAUGAUGAUGAUGAGAAGGGAGUCUCAGAGCCCGACCGUCGCCGGAGUGUUCACGGAACUCUGUUCUGCUGGUGCUGCUACUGGUUCUGA